AUGUUGUUGAACGCUCUCGUUUUGUUGCAAGUCCUUUUGGCGCUGUGCCAUGGCGCCUUGGCCGAAAAAAUGUUACGGCCUAAAUUUAAGGAAAUUAAGAUCUGGAGCGAAGAAAAAUAUGUCAGCCACAAGGUCACAUAUGAUCACGCCGAUCCACAUUUGAACUUCUCCAUGGAAGUGCAUCAGGAGCUGCAAGAUGUGGAUGUGCACUUGGAGGUACGCAUAUCCAACAAACUGGAUCCGACGUAUACAACCACUCUGAACACUACCCUGAAUGUCUGUCGUAUCCUGAACUUUGCCAACAAAUCACCGGUUGGUAGAUUUAUUCAUGGCUUCAUACGCGAGUAUGGCAACAUUGUCGAUACCUGUCCGAUUCCCAAAGGAUCAUACUUCAUCAAUAAGUUCUGGUGGCCGGAGGAUCCAACUACGGCUAUUCUGCCUGAGAUCGAGUUUGAAAUUCGCUACGAAGCCAAUCUUCUGGACGCCAGCAAGAAGCGUACUCUGAUUAUGAAUGAUCACUUCACUGGCGAGUUUACUGUUCAGGAUGUCAACAAUCUGAGGCCUGGUAUAUUUGCUAUGCUGCCUAAGACAAUUUAGUUCGAAGAACUCGUGCAACCAAAGUUCUGCUAGUUUCUAUUUUUAUCCAGCACAUUCAAUGGUAUUCUUUUAGUUUGUCUAUCAACUUUUCUGUUAUGUAUCAAAGAGCAAUAUAGUUGCCAAUAAGCGCAGCCAAAAGGUA